AUGCUUACAUUUAGCUUCGAAUCCAUUUUCAUCAAGCCUGACUGGUUUUUCCAAGGUGAGUCUCAUAUUGUGGCUCCGAAAGCAAGAAUUUCUGACUUUUUAAGCUUGCGAUUAAACCUAGAGCACGACUCAGUGUCGACUUUGGCAACUCUUUCUGUGACACGUGUUACUGUGAUCCUAGAAGAACUUAAAGUCUACUCCCCUUUCCUGGAAGACUUCUCGAAGAAGCCUUCUGAGAUGAUUCGAUCGACACUACUUGAUAGGAAGUGUAUGAAGUUUCUUGAGUGUGGUGAAAGGAGCGCUGUUUUAGAUCGUGGCCUCUAUGAUUGCCAGCUCCCAAAUUUGGGACCCACUUGUUUCACAAACGACUUGAAAAGAUCAUAUAGAGUGAGGAUCGAUAUCAGACUUGCUGCCGAAGACGUUACAUUCUCCCUACAAACUCACAUGAAUAUCGCGGUAGCAGACCUCGAUCACAGUAAAUUUGAGAGAUUGGACCCUUUCUUGGAACCGCAAUGGUCUCACCGGCACAAUGUGUGCCUUUUAGCCUUCAGGCGUGAUGAAUACCGAUGCUUAGAAGAGGAGAAAAGUGUGUAUCGUAAAAUUGCCUUCAAGCAAGAUGGCUAUUUUAGCCAUGAAACGAAAACUUAUCCUGUGGGUGACAAGAUAUUCACUGUGUCAAAAAUCAAAUUUGUUUGCCUCACGAAAGAUGUUGAUAAUAGUUGGGAAAAAUGUAACUGCGAUUCACCGGAUGCGUUUGAGAUCUCUUCGUUGAGAAUGAGCGACUGCUAUAUUAUAAGUGAGUUGAGACCAGCAUUCAUAAGUCAGGCACUGAGUUCUAGCCAGAGAUUAGCUACGCUAUGUCUAAAGCAAGGAGAUCUUUCUUGCCCCUUCACAUUUCCCUCCAAUGCACCUUGUCAUGAUGUCAAAUUCUUGAAUUACCAAUGGAGAAAUCCGUGUAUUUCAACAGAGAUCAUUCCAGCUAAAGGGGCCCUCUCAUUCACUUAUAACAAGCCUGAUCAUUUUUUGUGCAUAAACGACAGUCACGUCAUCGUUUCCCGCAAAGACUUGGCAGACUUCUUCACCUUGCAUUUGAUACCUGAUAGAGCUGCGGAAGUAUUGCGUUUUGAUGAAAUGCAGCUCUCGCUAGAGCAUAUCACGAUUUUUUUAGAACAGCACGAGUCAGAGAACCUACCGGGGAAGUUUCACAGGAAGCUUACCAUAAUAACGCUUGUGAAAAAUGACGAGCCUGAGCUUCUUUUCGACGACUCAGUGCGUCUUAAUGACAAAAAAAUUUUGACGUUUCCCCGAGCCGUGUAUAACUGCACGAUUCCUUUGAUGAAACCCACGUUUUUCUCAAAUGAUCUCAUCAGAGAAUUCAUGAUACGGGCGAUCGUGAAGUUAAAGCUAAGUGACGGUGAUGUUGUUACCAUGGAAGCAUGCACUCCAGUCGAAGUUCCAAGAUUCGAGAAUAUGAUUCGGAAUACUGAACCUCCCCCAUAUGCUUCUCGUUGA